GAACACAUAAAAAAGCUAUGAGCAAUCAAAAUUCCUAAGUGCAAAGGUUGAUAAAAUUUAAUAAAAAAUUUUUACAUUAAUACUUUUGAAGCAAAUAUCAAGAAAAAUUGUAAUCUUAUAUAAAGGUAUCAGCAUUAUGGCAAUGAUGAAAAAAUCUAUAUCGAAAUCAUAAAUGGAGCUGAGAUAUGUGUUUACCAGCAGCCAUAUAUUAAGAUGCAUGUAUUCAAACGGAUAUUCAGUUCCUGUAGAAGUUGUUGACAUGGUUGAUGUUUUAGAAAAUUUCAAGAGUAAUCUUAAAAUGCAAGGAACGUCAUGUAAUCUUGCAUUGAAUCUUGGCAUAAAGAAAAAGCCCUUUUUAAAUAGCCCUACAACUAUAAACAGCUCAUUGGUAAAUCUAUUUUCGACAAAAAAAUCAAUGCGUCACGAUCAAACAGACUUUUUUAUUUCAAAAAUAUCAUCAACUAUGCAGUUAAGAUGGUAUAAACAACCAAUUGAUGACGAAGAAGUUCUAGAAAAGAUAGAAGCGGGAAAUAUUAACCAUUCAAACGAUCCAAUAAAAAUAGAUGAUAAGACACUAGACUUUAUUUACAUCAGCACCUUUUAUAGAUAUGAAGAAGUAGAGUAUUUUUUACGUCAACUUAAACGCACAAAGUUAACGUACGCCGUUGAAAUAGAUGUCGGAGUUGGAAAUCAGAUACUGAUAACAUAUCAGCAACUUUUUGAUUUCGAUCAUAGUUAUAUGAUUUUAAAAUGUUAUAAAAAAGAAGGACUGGCUUUUAUAAAACCAUUUUGAGGUUUUACCUAAUUGCUGUUGUAUUUAUAUUUGUUUGUUUUAAUUUUUAUAUAUAUUUAAUUUAUAAA